GUGUGUGUGUGGUUUGUGAGAGCAGGGGGUUCUCUCUGUCCGGUGUACCUCGGGCAGCAGCAACAGAGGCUGUGCGCGGAGAGCAGCGGCUAACAAGAUGCGCACGGCUACAGCUGUGCACUGCGCUCAUGCCCCCACCAGCUACUUACUCUGAUAGAGCAAAAUAAAGGUGUUUAUCCCGGUUAACACUACGCCAAGACAGGAUGGCCGGGAUCAUCAAAAAGCAGAUUCUGAAACAUUUGUCACGGUUCACCAAGAAUCUGUCCCCUGACAAAAUCAACCUGAGCACCCUUAAAGGGGAGGGCCAGCUGUCUAACCUGGAGUUGGAUGAGGAGGUUCUGCAGAACAUGCUGGACCUGCCCACCUGGCUCGCUGUCACUCGGGUGUACUGCAACAAAGCUGCCAUUAGGAUACAAUGGACAAAGCUAAAAACAAGCCCAAUAUGUCUGUUCUUGGACAAAGUAGAGGUAGAAAUGAGAACAUGUGAAGAACCACGUCCCCCUAAUGGUCCAUCUCCAAUUGCAAUUGCAGCAAGUCAGAGUGAGUAUGGUUUUGCGGAGAAGGUGGUGGAGGGCAUGUCUAUCAGAAUCAACUCUAUCACCAUCAAGGUUCAGGCUCGUGCCUUUCAUGCCUCUUUUGAACUGUGGCAGCUCCAAGGGAGCAGCCUCAACCCCAAAUGGCAGCGCAGUGACCUCCGCUAUACUCGCAUCUCCGACCCCAAAAGAGGAGAGGUGUUAACCUUUAAAGAAGUAAACUGGCAGAGUCUGCGGAUUGAGGCAGAUGCCAUUGAAAGUAAUGAUCAGGACCUUGGCAGCACACCGUUACGUCUCAUCACGAAUCAGGGUCGCAUUCGUAUUGCACUGAAACGUAGAAUAAAGGACUGUAAUGUGCUGGCAUCCAAACUGUUCUUUAUCCUGGAUGAUCUUUUGUGGGUCCUGACUGAUUCUCAACUCAAAGCUAUCAUCCACUAUGCCAAAUCUCUCAGCGAGGCAAUGGAAAAAUCUGCUAAGCAGAGAAAAAACAUGACUGCUGAAUCAUUGCAGGCUGCUCCUACAUCUCCUGGGAUGCAUAGUCUCUGGACUGAGCCCUCUCCUGCUUCCACUGGGAGCCCCAACAGUAUGAGUCAGUACUUCGAUUUGUAUGACGUUAAAGAGUCCUCUUACCACACGUCUAUAUCUCGACUGGAUCUGCACAUAUGCAAUGAUAGUUCUUCAGCAGAUGAAGACGAGCCACCCCCACCGGCCUCACAGGGCUCCAUGCAGCUCACCUUUAAGAAGCUGGGCUUUGACUUCUACCCCAUCCAUAGGCCUGCUGAUGGAUGUAAACACUGGGAGCGCCACAAUGCAGCCAUGGAGGCUCAGGCGCAAUGGGCAGGGAAGUUGCUCCAGGACUUUCAGAGGAGAGCAGAAGCCUCUGGCUUUCCUGGGCCAGUCACUGAGAGUGUUUUAUUGACCAAGGGCUCUCCUGCCAGGGCAGGGCAAGAUAAACAGUCUACUCUCAAGUCAUCUGCAUCAGAGCAAAUAUCCAACAGAAACGCUGCCUCUACAGGGGCCUCAUUGAAACGACUGCGGUCGAGCUCUGUGGUGAUCAGAAUGGAUGAUUUUGACAUUCACCAGGUGUCCACAAGAGGCCGUCAGAACAAAAGAACCCAGUCAUUUAUAUGUUGUAACCGUAAGGCUCUUCAUUUUCCUGACAACGUACCAGCAAUCCAUCUGCAGUUUACAGAGUACUACUUUCCAGACAACUCUAAUUUAGAAGCGCCCACUUCGAGCCUGUAUGCUCAACUGAACGGCAUUCAGCUCUGUGUGGACCCAGCCAGUGUCCUAUGGAUCAAUCUGUUCUCGAGAGGCCUUCUCCACACUUUAGAUCAAGUAAAAGCUUUUUAUCAUCUACAAGACAGCAACAUGACAGAGGAGCACGUAGACAUCCGUAUGGACGCAGCUCAACUAAAGAUGGUAAUUCCACUUGAUUCAUCUAUUUUGGACCACCCAGAGCGUCCACAGUCUUUGUCUGUUGUCGUGCCCCAAAUGGCAGUUAGCAAUACGCGCCACUGUCCUCAUGGCACCAGAGCUGACCUCAACAGCAUCUACAACAACUUCACUGCCAACCAUUUCUUCAAAGCUUCGCACCACAAAGAUCAAACUGCCUUUCACCCUCUUCCACCUGUCUUCCUCAGACACUCACAGGAAACCAAACCACAGCCUUUAGAUCAAAAGUUGCCCAGGUCCCAAGAUGUCUGGUCCCUAAGUCUGUCCCGGAUCACGCUUGGUUUUGAUGGAGUGCGCAGAUCUCCAAAAGGCAGAACACAGCCCUUUGUGGAACCCUUAACCAUGUCAGUGUGGAUGUGUAGACCAGCGGCUUUUUCCAGUCAAAACAAUGAACAAAAUGAAGGAGACAGGAAUGAGGAGUUUGCUUCUUUUCACUUUCUGGUGCAUGCUAUCACUCCUGUCAAAAUGUGGCUCAACCAUUAUCAGUAUGUUGCUUUGUUGAGAAUGAAGGAUGCCCUGGCACGUUUAGGAGCAGAGCUGGGGCAAGAUACCAAGGAGGUUAAAAAGGCUAAAGUAGACAAACUAGAAGCCUUAACAGCGUGUUGUGCUCUGCUCCUGGAUUCUGCAGAAGUGGGGCUACUGUUGCCUCCCGUGAGCACAGAGCCGGAGCCAGAGGUGCCCCACACUCCAGAGACAGACAGCCCCAGCAUCAGUGAGUCAGAUCUUUCCCCCUCCCACCACAUCCCAGACCUGGUCCCAGAGGAGAACGGGAUCUCCUCUGUCAGCACGAGGGACGCAGGCUUGGAUCAAGAUGAACAGGAGGGGACAGUAGAGGAGGCGUGUGAGGCUGUGGAGGAGGCGCUACAGGAGGAUGGAUUAGAUGUAAACACUCCUGUCCUCUCACCUGUCAUGUCACCUGUCCAGUCACCCACCCUGUCCCGCGAGCCAUCUACCUUUAGCCUGGAGGGAGAACUGUCCAGUGCAAUUAAUGUCACCAAGGACGUGACCAAAGAUGCCCUCAGUGCCUCCCUGGACCUGACCAAAGGAGCGUUUUCUAUUACAAAAGAUGCCUUCAGCAUGCUGAGCAGAGGCUCCGGGAUGAGCAAGUUGUUCAGUCCAGCAAAGGAGCCAGUGCAGCGCUCAGAAGAGUCAUCUCCUGCCCCCAGUCUGCGCUCCAUGAAGCAGUCGCCCUCUCAGCAUUCCUUUGACAGUGCCAUUCUGGACGGCAGCCUGCCUGAUGAAAACCUCUCUGUAGAUAGUGAUCUUAGUGACGGUUUUGUUGUUUUAAUCGGCUCAGAAUCAGGUGUAGAGUCCAUGCGUCCAAAUAAUACAGGCGUUAAUACAGGCAGUCGAUCCAGUCCUGCACUUGGCACUGACGGAGGGUCGUCCGCUGACCUCAGCAGCUCUCUGUCCCAAAGCACAGAGGACGUCUCACAAGAUAUGGCCUCAGCAUUCGUACUUACUCUGAGUGGGAUUGCCUGUACCAUGGAAGCAAAUGGAGAGGAUCAAAUGGUUGUUGCAGAAGCUCAGAAUCUUGUCCCUGUACAAUUGGGUAACAUUAGGAGUUCAGACAUCCAGGCUGGUCUAGUACAAGUUCCCAUUGGAGUGCUACAGAAGCAGAACAAGCCCAGAAAGGCUCCUGCCGUAACUCUGCAGACAGAGAUGGGCGUCUCUGCUCUGGAGCACUCCACUGGCUGUGUGAGCUUCAUGAACAUGAGUUUAAAGGACUGCCACGUGGAGCUGUUAUCGUCCACUCUCGCCAAUAUUGGCCCCUUCCUCGAGGAUGAAUUUGCCGUAGACAGCCAGCCCUUAAAGCUUCACAUGAAUAAUAUCACCAUCACUAUAAAGGACGACGGUCCAAGAAUCUAUCCCACGGCCCCUCAACCUGUUCCAGCUACGUUCAUUGUAGAUCAGCUGUUGCUUGAGCGAGGUGAUGAUGGCAUCCUGAGAGUCAAAGCGGAAAGCGCCGAACUGAAAUCCACCACAAAUGUCUCAAUUACAGACUCAAACCAGGAUAGCUCAUCUCGGCAGAAACAGAAUCAAACCUCAGACGAUCAGCUCUCUGAUGUCCAGGCGGCUCUCACUCAGGUGCUCAGUGAGAGAGAUCGCCUCCUGUUGGAGGUCAGGAAAUAUGACCCCACUUUCACCCUGUGAGGUACUGUUUCUCUGCCUCAGAAUAUUUUUCUGCUUAUUUAUUAGUUUUAUCGACCAGCAUGUUGGGUGUGUGAAGACUGGGAGAAAGUGGUACUACAAUCUAGAUUUCCUCACAGCACAAAUGUAACAAAAUCAUUGUAAGAGAAAGGUGCGAGUGUUUCCCACAGCAUGCAUGGGUAGCUUUAAAUCUCACUCAUUACUAAUUUAUGUAACUCUAAAGUAGCAUCUCCAUGUCAUUUUUUCACAUUGAUGUAAAUGCAUUUUAAAACAAACUUUACAAACAUCAGUCCUACUGAAAAUUAUGCAUGUUAAGCUUUACAAUUUUAUUGUACGACUAAGAACAGACUUGAAAAUGUGAUUUCUUCUAUAGAAUGUGUUUAUUUUUUACUCAUCUACAAUAGCUGUUUAGUCCUGUAUUUAUUUUUUGUGUGUGGGCAAAACUACGAGUAGGAAAAAAAAAAAAGAUUGCACUUUUUAAGCAGAACUAUGCUGCUCCCAAGAGACGGGUGCAUGUCAUCAUCUACACUGGUGGACUUAUCCAUACAAAUGAAUUCACUCUUAUCUACUCUGCACACUUUCAUUCCUCAGUGUUUAUUUUUUACUUUGAAGUUGUGAAAUUUUUAGUAUUGUUCUUUUUACUGUGAAACUAUGUGCUCUGUGGUUUAAUGACCUCCAAACACAUGCCUUUAAGCUGUAGACACCACGUUGCACAGCAGCUUUAGUAUUGUAACUGGGUCAAUGGAAGUUUGGGAUUAUAUCGGCAAACCAGGUUUAUUUGAUACUUGUUUUGCAUAUGUAGUCAGUCUUAUAGUGUUACAAAAUGGUUUUGUUUUAGUAAUUAUUUUGAUUAUGCACUUAUAAAGUCAUAUCAAAGUAAUAUUUAAGGUGAUACCAUAUGAACUUAGUAUUGAUGGCCAAGGAACUCUGGCUUUAAAAUACUAGAAAAA